AUGAACGAACCGGCGGCGCCUUGCAUCAUCUCUAGCACCCUGCAGCUGUUGGCGUUGAUCCUGAUCGGUGGUUCGGCCAAUCGAAGCGCCGGCACUAAUAACAGUAGUAUAAUCGUAUCCAAGUUUCCCCCUCGAGAUUGGUGGCAUGUCCCAUCAACCCCCCCGUUCAGCUGCAGUUCAUCCAGACCACUCCUCCGUUCUUCCCCCCACGUACCACAUGAGAGAAAGGAGAAGGAGGGUAUUAGAGGAACCAACCUCAAGCCAACCAUUCGCUUUCCCUUUUUUCUGCCAUCCGAUGUCUAG